AUGAAAAAGUCGGACCGCCACCAUCACAUCCUCCUCCGUCUCCUCAUCUUAUCAGCCGUCCUUUCCUCCGCCGAGGACGACAGUGCGGCGAUGCAGAAGAUAGCUUCCGGGUUCCGUAACGCACCCAAAGGGUGGUCGUCAACCUCGGUGACCAACUAUUGCAACUGGCAGGGAAUAAGCUGCGAUAAAUCCAACCGUGUCAAAUACAUCAGCUUGGCUUCCAAAGGAGUGUCGGGAACCCUCGCCACGGAGAUCGCCAACUUGUCGGAACUCCGAGGCGUGUCGCUCCAGCGCAACUCUUUGACCGGAAACAUCCCGUCGUUCGGCAAGUUAUCGAACUUGCAAAACCUUUUCCUCGAUUUCAAUGGCUUCACUUCAAUCACACCCGACGCAUUCGCCGGAUUAUCAAGUAUCCAAACGCUGAGUUUCGGCGAAAACCCGACGCUCAGUCCCUGGACUUUCCCGAACGUAUCGGCAUUAACAACCCUCGUCGAGCUCGGAGUCGGCAACACCAACAUCUACGGUACAUUGCCUGAUAUCUUCGGAUCUUUAACCAGUUUACAAACCUUAAGAGCAUCGUACAACAAUUUGAACGGCACAUUACCGGCUUCCCUCGGUGGUUCAAUGAUUCAAAAACUAUGGAUCAAUAACCAGAACACCGGGUACGGUUUCACUGGAACUUUAGAUGUUUUAUCGAGUAUGACACAGUUGGCUCAAGCUUGGGUUCAUGUCAACUCGUUCACCGGUCCGAUCCCAGAUUUGUCUAAAUGUAAAAGUCUAUUCGACUUGCAGAUUAGAGAUAACCAGUUAACAGGGCCGGUCCCGGAAUCGUUGUAUAAUCUUUCGAGUUUGAAGAAUGUUUCAUUGAACAACAAUAAAUUGCAAGGUCCUUUCCCUAAGUUUCCUACCACAGUUGAGAAUGUUCAAGUCACUGGUAGCAACAAUUUCUGCAACACCAAUGGUGCUCCUUGUGAUCCUCAAGUCUCGACGUUGAUCGACAUCGCUGGCGGUUUCGGGUACCCGGGUUUGUUAUCGGAUAGUUGGGAUGGUAACGAUGCUUGUCAAAUGUCUUUCGUCACUUGUGAUUCACAGAAGAAUGUGAUCACAGUGAAUCUUGCGAAGAAAGGUUUGUCUGGUAAGAUUUCACCUGCAUUUGGGGACCUCAAGGCGCUGAAGAAUCUGAAUUUGAAUGAUAAUAAGUUAAAUGGUCCUAUCCCUGAUAGUCUCACUAAGUUAGCCAGUCUGCAACUUCUUGAUGUGUCGAAUAAUAACCUUAGUGGUGAUAUCCCGAAGUUUUCGAAUUCGGUUAAAGUCAUUAGCUCGGGGAAUAGAUUCCUCGGAGAACUUGUCGUUAAUUCAAGUGUCGGUUCCGGAGGGACUUCUUCAAGUGGUGCAGGUUCAGCUGGUAAUACUAAUAGCACAGAAUCCAUUAAGAUUGUCAAAGGUAAAACUUCCAAGGCUUUGAUUGUAGGCAUAGCGGUUAGUGCAGCGGUUUUACUUAGUAUCAUCUGCUUUGUUUCUUACAAAUUCAUCAUGAAAAAGAAAGAUGGGAAGCUCGGAAAGAUGACGAAGAAGGACGAUGCCGAGAAAGGUGUGGUUAAGUCGACUGUGGUAACCGGUGUUGGAAAGACCGACAUCGAAAACCAAGGCCUUCCCAGUACUGAUCUAAGCAGCAGCCAACAUCUCUUCGACGGAAGAAACGUCGUGAUCUCGAUCAAUGUUCUUCGAGAAGUGACUAACAACUUCAGUGAAGACAACAUACUAGGCAAAGGAGGUUUUGGGGUUGUUUACAAAGGAGAGCUACAUGAUGGGACACGAAUUGCAGUCAAGAGAAUGGAGUGUGCUGACAAAGGAACAAAGGGAAUGGAUGAGUUCCAAGCUGAAAUUGGUGUGCUUUCAAAGGUUAGGCAUAGGCAUCUGGUUGCUCUGUUAGGCUAUUGCAUCAAUGGCAACGAGAGGCUCUUGGUUUACGAGCACAUGCCUCGGGGUACGCUCAGCCAGCAUCUCUUCGGAUGGCGACGACACGAAGGCGGUUGUUCGCCGCUCACAUGGAAGCAAAGGCUCAUCAUCGCGCUUGACGUCGCGAGAGGGGUCGAGUAUCUUCAUUCGUUGGCUCAACAGAGUUUCAUCCACAGGGACUUGAAGCCUUCCAACAUACUCCUUAGCGAUGACAUGAGGGCUAAGGUUGCCGAUUUCGGCCUAGUUAAAAAUGCACCAGAUAGUAAACAAUCUUUGGAGACAAGAUUGGCUGGAACAUUUGGAUAUCUUGCACCAGAAUAUGCUACAACCGGAAGGGUGACAACAAAGGUGGAUGUGUAUGCAUUUGGAGUGGUCUUGAUGGAGCUAAUAACCGGCAGAAAAGCAUUAGAUGAGUCCUUACCUGAAGAGAUGUCGCAUUUAGUGACAUGGUUCCGUAGGGUGCUAAUCAACAAGGACGAAGUCCCGAAAAUGGUGGACAAAACAAUCGAAUGCGACGAAGACGGUGAGACGAUGUCAAGCAUUUUGAAGGUCUCUGAGCUAGCCGGUCACUGCACGGUUCGCGAGCCGUCUCAGAGACCCGACAUGGGCCAUGCGGUCAAUGUGCUAAGCCCUCUAGUUCAGCAAUGGAAACCGACGAGCCAGGAAGAAGACGAGACGGAGGUCGACUUGAGCCUUUCCGAAGCUCUACAAAGAUGGCAGACUAGCGAAGGGACUUGGUCGAUGUUCGGUGAUACGUCGCUCUAUGGGACGCAGACAAGUACCUCGGCCAGGGCCUCGGAACCGAAACCUACGUGGAGCUCGGAUGAUACCCGGUGA